ACCCAACUCAACCCAACUCAACCCAACCCUACCCAACCCAACCCCUCCCUUCGCCCCCUCCCCACCGCAGGGGGCACCAACAAGUCCGUGGAGCUGGAGGACGUGAAGUUCCACCAAUGCGUGCGGCUCUCGCGCUUCGACACCGACCGCACCAUCUCCUUCAUCCCCCCCGACGGCGACUUCGAGCUCAUGUCCUACCGCCUCAGCACGGCCGCCAAGCCGCUCAUCUGGAUCGAGUCCGUCAUCGAGCGCUUCUCACACAGCCGCCUCGAGAUCCUCGUCAAGGCCAAGGGUCAGUUCAAGAAGCAAUCAGUGGCCACGGGUGUGGAGAUCGCGGUGCCGGUGCCCAGCGACGCCGACUCGCCGCGAUUCAAGGCCAGCGCCGGCACGGCCCGAUACGUCCCGGAGCGGAACCUCGUCAUCUGGACCAUCAAAUCCUUCCCGGGUGGCAAGGAGCACAUGCUGCGUGCUCACCUGGGGCUGCCCAGCGUGGAGAAGGAGGAGGACGAGGGGCGGCCGCCCAUCGCGGUGCGCUUUGAGAUCCCGUAUUUCACUGUGUCCGGCAUCCAGGUGACACAGCCGGGGGNCCCCCAAUGGAGACCCCUCUUUAUGCCCCCCCCCCCCUUCGCCCACCCCCUGUUGAAGGGGGUUGAGGCCUAG